CAAAUAUGUAUAUCUAUUAAAAUCAACUAAAAUCAUAACUUAAAGAAAUUUAAUUUGUAAGAACAGAGUAUCAAGGAGAAAAUACUGAGCUUAUUGCAAAGACUUUAACAGAAGCUUUUGGAGUAUAAAUUAUAAAUUAUAUAGAUAAAAAAUGGAUUCUACAAAGAAUUGAAUUUAGAAUAUGAUUAAUUGUAUGAGGAAUUUAAGUCUUUCUUAAUAAAUCGUACAUAUAAAUGGAUAUUAGUCUAUUAUGAGAAAGAAUCAUAUGAAAAAAAUAUCUAUAAUAUAAUAGCUGUAGUUUCUUACACAGACAUUAAUGAAGUUAGAUUGACAGAAUAAUAGUUAUCUAUAAAAGAUUUCAAUAUUAUUCCCAAACUGAGUCUAGUCAGAUAGUAUGUUCGUUACAAGGCUUUAAAGGACUUUUUUGAUAGAUAUAAUCCAAAAUAGGGAGAAUGUUUUGUUAUUGGAACUUUUGGAUUUUCAUCUAAAUUUAUGGGGUCAAAGCAUUCUAUGAAAAUAUUCCUUGACUCCAUCGAAUUCAUGUAUUCAUAAGGAUUUAAAUUUGGCUUUGGAUGGACAGAAAAUGAUAUUGCUAAAAAUUUAUAUGAUAAAAAUGUCAAUGUUUGGGAAGAAGAAUAACUAUUAACAGAUAUUUAUGUGGAAGAAACCAAGACAUAUCCUUACUAGAAUAAUAAAUUUAAGAAGGCACUCUAUUUAGGUGAUGUAGGUAAAUCCAUUAUUCAAUUAAGAAAAAUUUUGGGAUACACUUAAAAUGUAUCUACCAUUAACACGAUUUAAUGAUAUUUAUAUCACAAUCAUAUUUCAUUUAAAAAUUUUAUUAUCAUAUUUUAUUCAAAUUCUAUCAAAUUAAUCAUAAGGAAAAAUUAAAUUAUUCUUUAAAAAUUAAUUUGUAUAGGAGAAAAUGAAUUAACCUUAGCUAUUUCUGAAUUUAAAGCUUAUUUUAAGAUGAUAAAAUACUUAUUUAAGGCUUUAUUAUAUUUUUCAGUUUCUA